AAGCUGUUGCAUCCUCCCCCCCCGGCCCCCACCCCGUUUUUUUCUUUUCUGAACUGCUGAGAAAACUUGAUUUGGAUUUAAAUCAUCCAUUGGGUAGUGAAGGAACCUGGUGCAAAUGGAGAUCUGCACGCCCGAAUUGUGAGAAUGUUGGCUACGGAAGCUCAGGGAAGAAGUAGCAGGGAGAAAAACAUUACCCAGUGUGCCUGAAAAUGACAACAAAGCGGAACUUGUUUGUGCGGUUGGUGCCAUGCCGCUGUUUGCGUGGAGAAGAAGAAACUGUCACUGCGCUUGAUUACUCUCACUGCAGCUUGGAGCAGGUGCCGAAGGAGAUUUUUACUUUCGAAAAGACAUUGGAAGAACUCUAUUUAGAUGCCAAUCAAAUUGAAGAACUUCCAAAGCAACUUUUUAACUGUCAGUCUCUGCACAAGUUGAGUUUGCCGGACAAUGAUCUAACAACAUUGCCUGCAUCCAUAGCAAAUCUCAUUAACCUCAGGGAACUGGAUGUCAGCAAGAAUGGCAUACAGGAGUUUCCAGAAAAUAUUAAAAACUGUAAAGUUUUGGCAAUUGUUGAGGCCAGCGUAAACCCCAUUUCAAAGCUUCCAGAUGGAUUUUCACAGUUGUUAAAUCUAACACAGCUAUACCUGAAUGAUGCUUUUCUUGAGUUCUUACCAGCUAAUUUUGGCAGAUUAACUAAACUCCAGAUUUUGGAGCUCAGAGAAAACCAGUUAAAAAUGUUGCCAAAAACCAUGAACAGACUGACUCAGCUGGAGAGACUGGACUUGGGAAGUAAUGAAUUCACAGAAGUGCCUGAAGUACUUGCAUUAAGUGGGUUAAAAGAAUUCUGGAUGGAUGGUAACAGACUAACUCUUAUUCCAGGGUUUAUGGGCAGUUUGAAGCACUUGACCUACUUGGAUGUUUCCAAAAACAACAUUGAAACUCUUGAAGAGGGUGUUUCAGGAUGUGAAAGUUUACAAGACCUGCUGUUAUCUAGUAAUUCACUUCAGCAACUACCAGAGUCUAUAGGGUCCCUGAAGAAAUUAACAAGUCUUAAAAUUGAUGAAAAUCAGCUAAUGUAUCUGCCAGACUCUAUAGGAGGUUUAACAUCAGUUGAAGAACUGGACUGUAGCUUCAAUGAGAUUGAAGCUUUGCCUUCAUCUGUUGGACAGCUCACUAAUACAAGAACCUUUGCUGCAGAUCAUAACUUUUUAACACAGUUGCCACCAGAGAUUGGAAACUGGAAACAUGUAACUGUUCUGUUCUUUCAUUCUAAUAAGCUGGAGUUCCUCCCAGAGGAAAUGGGUGAUAUGCAGAAAUUAAAAGUCAUCAAUCUAAGUGACAAUAGACUGAAGUAUUUGCCUUAUACCUUUACAAAGCUGCAGCAACUGACUGCCAUGUGGCUAUCAGAUAAUCAGUCUAAACCACUCAUUCCACUUCAAAAAGAAGUUGACCCAGAAACACAGAAAACAGUACUUACUAAUUAUAUGUUUCCACAGCAACCAAGAUCUGAAGAGGUUAUGUUUAUAUCUGAUAAUGAAAGUUUCAACCCUUCACUGUGGGAGGAGCAGAGGAAACAGCGCGCUCAGGUUGCUUUUGAAUGUGAUGAAGAUAAAGAUGAAAGAGAGGCACCACCCAGGGAGGGUAAUUUGAAGAGGUAUCCAACACCUUACCCUGAUGAGCUGAAGAAUAUGGUCAAAACAGUUCAAACAAUAGUUCACAGACUGAAAGAUGAAGAAAACCCAGAUGAUGCUAGUAAAGAAACAAAACCAGAAAGUCAGCCAGUUUCAGUGAAAGAUACAGGUGUAAAGACUGCAGAAAUUACUCCAGCAAAGAGCAAAAUGGAAAACAAAGAGCAGAAUGUGAUAGGAAACUGUGUGCAAAAACCUAAUGUAGCAGAAGUUGAGAAUAGCACCGGAAACUUGCAGAUGAAUACUCAAGUUGAAACCUCUGAGAACACAAAACCAAUUGCUAAUCAUGAGGAUACUCUUGAGGAGUCAGAAGAGCUGUCCUCUGAUGAAGAAAUGAAAAUAGCAGAAAUGAGACCCCCUCUCAUAGAAACCUCUAUUAACCAACCAAAGGUGGUAACACUUGGCAGUAGCAAAAAAGAUGACAAUAAAGAUGUAGAUUCCUUGUCGGAUGACCCCACACACAACAGUAAUCAGAAUAACAGCAACUGUUCCUCUCCUUCUCGAAUGUCCGACUCGGUUUCUCUAAAUACCGACAGUAGUCGUGAAGCAUCUCUGUGCUCUCCAGACAAGGAAACUAAUAUGGCUGUCACUUCCAAAAUCAGGCAAGAAGAUGAAAAUUCCAAUAGUCUUUUACAAAAUGGAGGUGAAUUAAAUGUCAUAGCCGAUGAAAAACUAGAUGCUGAAGAUCAAGUUACAAAUUUCACUGAAUUCAGAUUAAACAUUGAAGAGAGAUUAGCUCUGAUAGAAAGAGGUGUCGAGCUAAACAAUGCUACUGAUGAGUCUCACAAAUUUCACCAAAUUAACAUGAAUAUCUGCAAGUUGACUGAUGAGGAAGGAAUCCAAUCAAAUGUAGUAGAACGAAUAAAAUCACAGGAAAUCAUCAGUAAGGGCUUUUUAAACAAUAAUAUAAAAGAAGAAAUUGAGCAUUUGGAAAAUGGAAAUAAAUAUUCUAACCUGGGUCCUAUAAAUAAUGUCAAUGGACAUUCUGAGGAAGGGCUUCAUUGUGCAGGAAAACCAGAGCUAAAGCGAAGUGCUACAAUUGAUACUGAUUCUUCUUUGGAAAUGUGUCUUUCAAAGAGCACUGAAGACUUGUCCCCCCAGCGGAGUGGACCAGUUGUGAAAUCUCAUAGCAUAACUAACAUGGACACAGGUGCUUUGAAAAUUUAUGAUAUCAUCAAUGACAAUGGAUCCCAGCAGCCAAAUCCUGUAGUAAAACCAGCAGUUACAGGUCCAGAUGGAAAAAUAGUCCGGAGUAAAUCAGCUACUCUCCUCUAUGACCAGCCAUUACAAGUAUUUCCUGCAUGUUCAUCAUCGUCUGAUUUAAUGUGUACAAAAACAGUGUUCAAAUUUGAUUCGAAUCAUAAUCCUGAAGGUACUAAUGUAAUAAGAGGGCAAGGGACAAAUACUUCACAACAGUUCAGUACCCCUCAAUAUAAUAUCCAGUACAGUAGCAGCAUGGCAGCCAAAGAAUCUUUGUGGCCCCCAAAACAAAACUCCCUAGUUGAACAGAGCUGCUUGCCUCCUCAACGCUUGCCAAGGUCAGAAACCACAGAUGGCUGUAAUUCUGUGAAACAUUCUGCCAACAUGAAUUUCUCUAACCAUAACAAUGUUAGAGCUACUGCUGCAUAUAAUACGCAUCAAAGGAUGGGUGGGCGGCAUAUGGAAAUGUGGGCCGUUCCACCAAAUGACAGACUUGUUUCUGGAGCAAGCCGAAAUACUCUCCAGCGGCAGAGCAGUGUCUCUUCCACUGCUUCCAUGAACAUUGGUGAUUCUGGACCUCCUCGGCGCCCUCAGGUUCCUGAAGGAGAUUAUUUAACGUACAGGGAUUUGCACUCAAUGGGAAGAGUUCCACCAAUAAUGUCAGGGCCGCAAAGACCUCUUUCUGCAAGAACCUACAGCGUUGAUGGGCCCAACGUACCUCGGCCUCAGAGUGCUCGCCCUUCAGCUAACGAAAUACCAGAGAGAACUAUGUCAGUUAGUGACUUCAAUUACUCAAGGACUAGUCCUUCUAAAAGAAACCCAAGAGUUAACUCUGAACACUCUCUGCUAGAUCCUCCAGGAAAAAGUAAAGUUCCCCAUGACUGGAGGGAACAGGUGCUGCGACACAUUGAGGCCAAAAAAUUAGAAAAGCAUCCCCAAACAUCAACUUCAGUAGAGCAAUGUCAGGAAGAUGUAUUCAUUGCUGGACAGCAGAACUAUUCAUCUGCCACACUUAGCCUCAAAGAUGUUGCUUCAGACAACGUGAAGAAAGUUCCUGUGCAGAUACCUUUGACGAAUGGGCAGAUGUGCCAGCCUCCAAGACCUCAGGCAAACUAUAGCCAAAUCCAUCACCCUGCUUCCCAAACUCCUGUGGCAAGACAUCCUUCUAGAGAGCAAUUAAUUGAUUAUCUAAUGCUUAAAGUUGCCCAUCAGCCACCCUAUAGUCAGUCCCAGGUUCCAUCAAGGCAAAGCCACGAGAUGUCAAAGCAAGAGAUAAGAGUGAGAAUUGAAAAGGAUCCAGAGCUUGGAUUUAGUAUAUCAGGAGGAACCGGUGGUAGAGGAAACCCCUUCAGGCCUGAUGAUGAUGGUAUAUUUGUAACCAGGGUACAGCCUGAAGGACCAGCAUCUAAACUGUUGCAGCCAGGCGAUAAAAUUAUUCAGGCUAAUGGAUAUAGCUUCAUCAAUAUUGAUCAUGGACAAGCGGUAUCUUUACUAAAGACUUUUCAGAACACAGUGGAACUCAUCAUUGUUCGAGAACUUUCUUAAAUACUGUGGAAGAAGGGGAAACGUCCAUGUGAUCCUUUGAAGGACUUAUGGGAAACUGAAUAUUUUGAUUAUUUUUAUAUACAAAAACUUUUAAAAUUAUGUACAGUAAUAAAAUAAUCUUGUGGUUAUAGGGGGGAAACCACUGUAAAGAACAUAGAUAAAACAGUUUUGGAAAUGCAUAUUGUAGUCAACCUUGUUGAGUUUUAAAGCAUUGUAGCAAUCAAAAAUCACUCCUCCAAGAACAAACCUGUGGUGUAUUUUGUACAGAUGGUAGGUUUAUUUUUGGAUAACGCAUACACAUAACUAAACAUUGUGUACGAGGAGCCUCCAUUGUAGCCAAUGGACAGAUGGCAGGGCUUUCUGUCCUGUAGCUGUUUGUUGCCUUUAUUUUUUUGUUCACCUGGUUUUAAUGUCUUUGUUGAAACCACUUCUGUAGAUGUGGAUAAGAUUUGAUAUGUUGGCUUUGCUAUGUGCAUAUUGUACAGAUGAAUGGGUAGAUGGAAAGUGGGGCUGGCUGGGAUAAUUUUAAAAGGCCAGGUAAAAUGGCCAUGAAAGUAUGGAAUCAAGAAAGAAAGAAAGAGGGGGGAAAGUUAGCAUGAGAAUGUAUAUCUACCAAUAGAAAAAUGCAAUAAAAUGUGAAGUCUUUUUUAGAGAGACUAUAAAUACACUUCUGGGAGUUCUACAGAUUGGCUCAUAUCACAUCAACUGACUGUCUUAUUUGUUUUCUUUAAUUUAACUUUGAGUGUUUUUCAUCACACAACUUUUUUCACCUGUUCUGUGGAGUUGUGCCCAGAGACUCCUGUCUAUUACAGAAAUCCCCAGUUUUGUGCAAAAGGGUGAUUUUCUUCUGCCUUGUAUUAAGUACUCCAUUUUCAACUUAUUUAUAGAUUUUUUAAAAAAAGAAAAAGGAAAAAACUAAAUGGCCAGUUGUUGUUUUUUAAACUGUGUUGCCUGUAACUCAUCACCUAUAUAUCUAUCACAUGUGUGCAUGUUCCAAACCUCUAACUACUCUGCCAGAAAAAAGCUUCAUUCUUUUUAAUGGGGUUCAUGGCAGUGAGGCCUGUGGGGACUGGACUGCCCAGAAGUAAAUGGUUCAGGAAAGGGUUAGGAAAGAAACCGUGAUUUUGUUUGGCCUUGAAUUGCCUUGUUAGACUAAAAGGAAACAAUACAUAUGGAGCUAGGUAACCAAAGCCAGUGAAACUGUUGCAGAGUGAUGGGAGAAUUGCUGUUGGGAAGUUGUAGAGCAAAGGUAUGGGAACUUGUGACCCACCAGUUUGUAAUGAUCUUUCUCAAAGGGCUGUUCCUACAGGUGACAUUAAAUGUGAACUAGACACUUCAGAGUCAUUAAAGGGUUUCUAACCAUAUUAACGUAAUAGUGAUUUACCACAGGCUGCCUUUGUUCCUUAUUACUUGUAUAAAAUAUUGGAUUAUACAUAUUUAAUUUUGUUUAUGACAAACAUUAUGUUUAUUUUCCUCUUUUUUCUUUAUAUAACAGAGAUGAGAUUGCCUAACCUAUAGGGUAAUAAGUAAUACAUGGUUAUUAUGGACCAGAAAAAAAGUGCCAUAGAAGACCUAUAACUGUUUUUUUUAAAAAGGCGAAUUAUUAAUCUGUCAUUGGAGCAAUAUUCAGUUACUGCGAUUUUAAUAAGUAGAAAUUGGUAGUUUUAAAGCGAAAUUAGCAAAAGCACCAGCCUACUAUAUUGUUUGGAAAGAUGUGCUGGAACAGAAAGGAACCUGUAUACUUAACAGAUAAAGGCAGUACUUUUUAAAUACACAGACUCCAAUGAUAUUGCACUCAAAGAUGUUAUCACCUGCAUAUUGUACUGUGUAUAGUUUUUGAUAAUUUUAAUUGAAACCCUUUAACAACUCUUUGUACAUUAAUUUUAGUUGAUUUUCAUUAAUAUUUACAUAGGAAUUGAUUUUUAUAUUAGCGAAAAUGUGCUGUAUUUUGGUAAAGUUCACUUAUUUUCUGUGUGCUGUUAAUCUUUAAAGAAAAUGAGAAACAUAGCUAUAUAAUGGCAGGCUUCAGUGUUACCAUGCUUCUAAAAGUGUGUUUUAAAUUUCUCUACUUUAUAUUGACAAUUCAAAAAUUUACAUUCAUUGCUUUUAAUUAUAUUAGUAACCUCAGCCUUUUAAAAGGGAAUAUCAACAAAUCAGUCCUAAUCUGAGGACUUGAGGCAUAAACUAUAAUCAUGGUAAGGGCAAAAGUCCCAAAUCAGAACUGAUUCUUUAUUGAUCAUGGACACCAUUUGUCUUUGACAACAUCAUGUUGAAAUAAAGUGUUCAAAUUCAAUUUUGUAUGAAAUAAGCAGUGUAAACCAUGCUGUUAGAAUUUAAUUUAGUUGAAUAGCUUUGUACAAUAGUGUUGCCAAAAAGAAUAAUUGUUUGUUGAGAGAAUUUAAAGAAACUUUGUGGCCUUCUAGGGGUUGGGUUUUUUAUUUUAUUUUACUUUUUGGUGCAAGGAACUAGAAAAAGUAUAUUGGAAAUCAAACAUUGAUGAUACUUAAAAAAAAGAAGACAUGUUGGAUGCAUUAUACCAUUUGUGUUGGAUGAUGGUAAAACGAAGCUUUGGAAGAAGCUCAUUCAAAACAGAAGAUCAUUAUUCAGAAGCCAUGGAUUUUUAAUGUUUCUCAUCUUGUCAGAUAAGAUAUAUCUGCACACUUGGUUGCUUUGGCAUCGAAUGAAUAAAGUGUUUGUCAACUCAAUAUUAUUUUCAUGACAGUUCAUUAAAGAAUCAGUUCAAAUGACAAAUUCUGGGGGAAAUCCCACAUAUUUAUUGUGUAAAUACAUUUUUUACUUUUUUUGACUGGAGUUUCAAAAAUGUGUAUAUAAUUGAACACAUCCUAUGAACACAAUCAUAGCAAUAAGCAACACACAGAAUCAAGCCUUUAUCAUUAAUUUGCUGUACUACUUUUUAAAAAAGUAACUAUUCCCUUAUUAGCAGCUAUGUAAUGUUUUUAUUGAUCAGCAUUUAUUCAGCAUUCCAAAUUUUGUAUAUAAUUAAAUUGUUUCUGAAGUAACACAUGGAGAAUAGAUAAUAAACUAAUGCUCUUUAAA